UGUAUUAGUGUGUGUGGAGUGUAUUAGUGUGUGUUAGUGUGUGUUAGUGUGUGUGGUGUGUGUUAGUGUGUGUGGAGUGUAUUAGUGUGUGUGGAGUGUAUUAGUGUGUGUGGAGUGUAUUAGUGUGUGUGUGGAGUGUAUUAGUGUGUGUGUGUGGAGUGUAUUAGUGUGUGAGAGUGUGUGUGUGUGAGAGAGAGAUGUCAGGGAGUUUCUACUUUGUGAUGGUGGGUCAUCAUGACAACCCUGUGUUUGAGUUGGAGUUUCUGCCUCCUGGAAAACCAGAGUCUAAGGACGAUCAUCGACACCUGAACCAGUUCAUCGCUCACGCUGCGCUCGACCUGGUCGAUGAGAACAUGUGGCUGUCCAACAACAUGUACCUGAAAACUGUGGACAAGUUCAACGAGUGGUUCGUCUCGGCCUUCGUCACCGCCGGUCAUAUGAGGUUCAUCAUGCUUCAUGACGUCAAGCAAGAAGACGGGAUCAAAAACUUCUUUAACGAUGUUUAUGAUUUAUACAUCAAGUUCGCGAUGAACCCCUUCUAUGAAGUGAACACUCCGAUCCGCUCCACAGCCUUCGAGCGCAAAGUGCAGUUUCUGGGGAAGAAGCAUCUCCUGAGCUGAUCCUCCCACACACCACACCACACAC